GUCUUCAUCUGGGGCUGGCAGUUACCCUCCGCAACGACCAUGGCGACAGCCGCGCUGGUGCAGACUUGGGCCCGGAAACUUCUCCCUGUCCCUUGGCUUCUGUGUGGUCCCAGAAGAUAUGCCUCAUCCAGCUUCAAGGUUGCAGACCUGCAGCUGGAAAUGACACAGAAGCCUCAUAAGAAGCCCGAUCCCAACGAGGCCCUGGUGUUUGGGAAGACGUUCACUGACCACAUGCUGAUGAUAGAAUGGUCGGAGAAGGAGGGCUGGAGUCACCCCCGAAUCCAGCCCUUCCAGAACCUCAUGCUGCACCCGGCCUGCUCCGCUCUCCACUACUCGCUGCAGCUCUUCGAGGGCAUGAAGGCAUUCAAAGGUGGCGACCGGCAGGUGCGCCUCUUCCGACCCUGGCUCAACAUGGACCGCAUGCUGCGCUCGGCCCUGCGCCUCUGCCUGCCGAGCUUCGACAAGGUCGAGUUGCUGGAGUGCAUCCGCCGGCUGGUGGACGUGGACAAGGACUGGGUCCCCGAGAGCCCCGGAGCCAGCCUGUACGUGCGGCCAGUGCUCAUGGGGAACGAGUCCUCGCUAGGUGUCUCCAGUUCCACGAGAGCCCUCCUGUUCGUCAUCCUCUGCCCCGUGGGCUCAUACUUCCCUGGAGAUGCCAUGAGCCCCGUUUCCCUCCUGGCUGACCCAGCAUUCAUCCGGGCCUGGAUUGGGGGGGUGGGAAACUACAAGCUGGGGGGGAACUAUGCGCCCACAGUGUUUGUGCAGCAGGAGGCGAAAAGGAAGGGCUGUGAGCAGGUCCUCUGGCUGUAUGGGCCCGACCACCAGCUUACCGAAGUGGGCACCAUGAACAUCUUCAUCUACUGGACCCACGAGGAUGGGGUGCUGGAACUGGUGACCCCCCCGCUGGACGGUAUUAUCCUGCCUGGAGUAGUCAGACAGAGUCUGCUGGACCUGGCUCGGACCUGGGGUGAGUUCCGGGUGGCAGAGCGGAAGAUCACCAUGAAGGAGGUCACGAGAGCCCUGGAGGAGGGCCGGGUUCGAGAAGUCUUUGGCUCCGGCACCGCUUGCCAGGUCUGCCCUGUGCAUCGGAUCCUGUACCAAGGCAAGAACCUCCACAUUCCCACCAUGGAAAAUGGGCCCGAGCUCAUCCUCCGCUUCCAGAAGGAGCUGAAGGCAAUCCAGUAUGGAACGAAGGCCCACGAGUGGAUGCUCCAGGUGUGAGGCUGCAGACUGGCCUGGCCACUCCUCGGAUCCACCGGCCCGUAGCAUCCAGUCCCGGUCGGAUCCUCACCUCCCUACCAAGAACUCAACCUGAAGUGCAAUAUGAAAUAAAAGGCCGGGUGGCCAGACGCCUGGGUUUCUGGCGCCCCCACGUGGUCGUUACACUCCCAAAGCCAUCAGGGCCGGACCCAGGCGUCUGGGCCCCUAGCUCGCCUCUCAGGCCUGGGGAAUUUGGAUUCCCCACUGCUCUGUGUUGAGGGGUCAAGUACACUCCUUGGCCCAACUCCACAACUCUCCGUUCUCAGGCCGGAUCUCCCAAGUGCUGCCUUUGAUUUUUUGUUGUUGUUCUUGCUGCAAUUUUGAAAUA